GGAGAAAAUGGCGGCAGGGGUCGAAGCGGCGGCCGAAGUGGCAGCGACAGAGCCCAAAAUGGAGGAAGAGAGAGGCGCGCCCUGCGUGCCGAGCGGCAACGGAGCUCCAGGCCCGAAGGGUGAAGGAGAACGACCUACUCAGAAUGAGAAGAGGAAGGAGAAAAACAUAAAAAGAGGAGGCAAUCGCUUUGAGCCGUAUACCAAUCCAACCAAAAGAUACAGAGCCUUCAUUACCAACAUACCUUUUGAUGUGAAAUGGCAGUCCCUUAAAGACCUGGUUAAAGAAAAAGUUGGUGAGGUAACAUACGUGGAGCUCUUAAUGGACGCUGAAGGAAAGUCAAGGGGAUGUGCUGUUGUUGAAUUCAGGAUGGAAGAGAGCAUGAAAAAAGCUGCUGAAGUUUUAAACAAGCAUAGUCUGAGUGGAAGACCACUGAAAGUCAAAGAAGAUCCUGAUGGUGAACAUGCAAGGAGAGCAAGGCAAAAGGCUGGAAGACUUGGAAGCACAGUAUUUGUAGCAAAUCUGGAUUAUAAAGUUGGCUGGAAGAAACUGAAGGAAGUAUUUAGUAUGGCUGGUGUGGUGGUCCGAGCAGACUUUCUGGACGAUAAAGAUGGGAAAAGUCGUGGAAUAGGCACUGUAACUUUCGAACAGUCCAUUGAAGCUGUCCAAGCUAUAUCUAUGUUUAAUGGCCAGCUGCUGUUUGAUAGACCAAUGCACGUCAAAAUGGAUGAGAGGGCCUUACCAAAGGGAUUUUUCCCUCCUGAACGACCAUAGCAACUUCCCCAUGGACUUGGUGGUAUUGGCAUGGGGUUAGGACCUGGAGGACAGCCUACUGAUGCCAACCACCUUAACAAAGGCAUUGGAAUGGGAAACCUAGGGCCUGCAGGAAUGGGAAUGGAAGGACCCUUUGGUGGUGGCAUGGAAAACAUGGGGCGAUUUGGAUCUGGGAUGAACAUGGGCAGAAUAAAUGAAAUCCUAAGUAAUGCACUGAAGAGAGGAGAGAUCAUUGCAAAGCAGGGAGGAGGUGGAGCUGGAGGCAGUGUCCCAGGGAUCGAGAGGAUGGGCCCUGGCAUUGACCUCAUUGGCGGUGCUGGCAUGGAGCACAUGGGUGCAGGCCUAGGCCAUGGCAUGGAUCGAGUGGGCUCUGAGAUUGAGCAUAUGGGCCUGGUCAUGGACCGCAUGGGCUCAGUAGAGCGCAUGGGCUCUGGCAUUGACCGCAUGGGCCCAAUAGGUCUUGACCACAUGGCCUCCAGUAUUGAGCGCAUGGGCCAGAUCAUGGAACGCAUUGGCUCUGGCGUGGAGCGCAUGGGUGCCGGCAUGGGCUUCGGCCUGGAGCGCAUGGCCGCGCCCAUUGACCGAGUGGGCCAAACCAUUGAGCGCAUGGGCUCUGGUGUAGAGCGUAUGGGCCCUGCCAUUGAGCGUAUGGGCCUGAGCAUGGAUCGCAUGGUGCCCACAGGCAUGGGGGCCGGCCUGGAGCGCAUGGGCCCUGUGAUGGAUCGUAUGGCCACUGGCCUGGAGCGCAUGGGCGCCAACAACCUGGAGCGCAUGGGCCUGGAGCGCAUGGGAGCCAACAGUCUGGAGCGCAUGGGCCUGGAGCGAAUAGGCGCCAACAGUCUGGAGCAUAUGGGCCUGGCCAUGGGCCCAGCAUUGGGCGCUGGCAUUGAGCGAAUGGGCCUGGCCAUGGGUAGCGCUGGAGGUGCUAGCUUUGACAGAGCCAUUGAGAUGGAGCGGGGCAACUUUGGAGGAAGCUUCGCAGGUUCCUUUGGCGGAGCUGGAGGCCAUGCACCUGGAGUAGCCAGGAAGGCCUGCCAGAUAUUUGUG